AUGGCUGCCAAUCUCAAGCUCGCCGCCUUGUGCCUCCUCCUCGUCGUCUCCUCCCUUCCUUUGCUCGCCCGCGCCGAGUGCGAGUGCGAGGCCGGCGAGGAGGAAGAGCACGAUAAGGCGGGCGCGCUAAGGCUCAAGAUCAUCGCCAUCUUCUGUAUCCUCGUGGCCAGCGCCGCGGGUUGCGCCAUCCCCACACUCGGCCGGAAGUUCCCGGCCCUGAGCCCGGAGAAGGACCUGUUCUUUGCCAUCAAGGCCUUUGCAGCGGGGGUUAUCCUCGCCACAGCCUUCGUGCAUAUCCUCCCGGAGGCCUUCGAGCGGCUCGGCUCGCCGUGCCUCGUCGACGGGCCGUGGCAGAAGUUCCCGUUCGCAGGCUUAGUCACCAUGCUCGGGGCCAUCGCCACCCUCGUUGUCGACACCAUCGCCACGGGAUACUUCCAGCGCGAGCACGCCAAGAAUUCCUCCGCGGCUAUCGGGAACCUGGACCCCGCCGACUCCGAGCAGGCACACGGUGGGCAUUCUCACGGCGUGUCGGCCAUCAUCGCGUCGUCAUCGUGUGACGACGGCGCCAAGCUCAUCCGUCACCGCGUCAUCUCGCAGGUGCUGGAGCUGGGGAUCAUAGUGCACUCGGUGAUCAUCGGCAUGUCCUUGGGUGCAUCUGAGAAUGCCGGCACGAUCAGACCACUCGUGGUCGCGCUAACUUUUCAUCAAUUCUUCGAAGGAAUAGGACUGGGAGGAUGCAUCGUUCAGGCUAGGUUUCGCCACAAGUCUUUCUUGAUGAUGACAUUCUUUUUCUCACUCACCCUGCCAAUUGGUGUUGUGAUCGGUAUUGGGAUAGCCUCUACUUACGAUGAGAAUAGCCCUAGGGCCCUAAUCGCGGAAGGGCUCUUAAGUGCUGCCGCCGCUGGAAUUCUGAUAUACAUGGCACUCGUCGACCUUCUAGCGGAAGACUUCAUGAAUCCUAGGGUGCAGAACAAUGGAAGGUUGCAGGUCAUUAUUAACAUCUCCUUGUUGGUUGGGAUAGCUCUCAUGUCAAUGCUUGCUGUAUGGGCAUGA